ACUGUUUUGGUCGCAGCGGGCGGGUCCGCCCUCAGCCAAUGGGAAAGAGCCGCGGCGGUACCGGAAGUGACGCCGGUGUACCGGGCUCGGUACCGGGCCCGCGCCAUGGAGGCCUGGGUGCGCUUCAGCGCCCAGAGCCAGGCCCGGGAGCGCCUCCUCAGGGCCGCUCAGUACGCCUGUGUGUUGGCCGGGGCCGCGCUGAGCCGCGCCGGGAACGGCUCCGGGGGCAGCUCCGGGACCCUGAGCCGCCUGCAGCAGCUGGAGGCUCACCUGAGCCUGGGCCGCAAGCGUGAGUGGGCUGGGGGGGGGCAGGGCCGCUCAGUACGCCUGUGUGUUGGCCGGGGCCGCGCUGAGCCGCGCCGGGAACGGCUCCGGGGGCAGCUCCGGGACCCUGAGCCGCCUGCAGCAGCUGGAGGCUCACCUGAGCCUGGGCCGCAAGCUCCCCAUUCCCUUCCUGCGGCUGCUGGGAGCACCCAGACCCCCUUUCCCCCCUCUUUCCGCAGGUAUUACCUCUUUGCCCUGCUGGUGAACCUCAGCAGGGACGCCUACGAGAUCCGCCUGCUGCUGGAGCGCGCCGCGGCCGCCAGGAAACGCGGCAGGAGCCCGGAAAAGCAGCCCCAGCUCCGUGCUGAGGGCAGGACCCAGCGCCUCCGGCUGCAGCUGCAGCUCCAGCUGCAGCUCCUGCUGCAGGUGCUGCGGGACAACCCCCCGCUGCUGCUGGACCUGCUGAGGAACGCCUGCGACCUGGUGAUCCCUCUGGAAAAGCUGGGGCUGUGCCGGAGCAGCCCCGGGAUCGUGGGCUUCUGUGGGCUCACCUCCUCCGUGCUCUCCAUCGUCACCAUCCUCCACCCCUGGCUCAAGCUCAAGCCGUAGUUUUCUUGGGAUUUUUGGGGAUUUUGGGGGGUUUGUGGCAUCUCUGGAAGUGACUGGUUGGUGCCAUUCCAUCAUUCCUGACUCCUUGGAGCCUCAAAAUUCCGGCGUUGGAUCCCACAGGGAUGUCAGCUUCCCAAAUGUGGUUUUUCCCAUUGA